AUGUCCGAAGACUGGACGCACGUCGUGUUUGUCGCCCGGUCAUCAGCCGGCAAAAAAGAUCAAACUGAACCGUUCUUGCGGUCCAGCCUCGAGCACACGAAAAGAUGUUAUGAGCGCACAUACGGUCAGCUCAAUGGCGAAGUCGGCUUCCUGACAUUUAUCCAACGCUCGAACCUACCUCUGCCGAGUUCAGGGCAUGUCAUUCGCACGCUCGACGAAGCGAUUGCGAAGGUGAAGGCCGGCGGAGGAAAACUCUUGGUUGUGAUAAACGGCUGGGAUGGGUUGACGACGAACGUGGGCUCGUUCAACCGACUCUUUAAUGCGGAUUCUGCGCAGAUCGCAAUUCGCGUCUUCGCCGAGGUCCCUCGACAAUUCUUCCAUGUCAAUGUCGCGCAGGUGAUCGAUAUCUUCAUGGGGAAGAUUGUUAUUGACCCGAGCCUUGAGCCCACGGAUGAAGACAAUGAAGACGAUGAAAACAACGCUGUUGAUGUGGGACUGCGAGAUGAGCUCAACGCCGAGGAACAACGCCUUGAGUCUUCCACUGCGCAGUUUUAUCGGAUGUUCAUGUCCGUGUUUGCGUCCAAGGCAGAUCUGUCCGCCGCGAAGGUGCGGCUCGAUGCGCAGUCCGGGCAUCGCAAUACCGACCCGGCUGUUCAACAAAUGAGGUAUACUUGCCCGGUGCCUGGUUGCAGAAGAGCGUUCCCUCUCCAGAAACUUCUACAUGCGCAUAGCCGGCAGCAUAACCCGGAGCAGGUUGAGCAGCGUACCUGCCCUCACUGCAGAAAGACCUUCACGAGGAAGGAUUCUCUAACACGACACCUAGAAACGUGCGGGAAUCGGCCAGGUGUACUUAAAGAGCAGCGCCGCAAGAAGCCUUUCGCAAAGCGCGGUACAUUAGAAAUCCAAGUACCUCAAGGCUUACCUGCGCUAUCCGAUCUCGCUCCGCCUACCUAUAUGGAGCUCACCCCGGCUCAAGUACGGCAGCUCCCACGAAUCGAGAUCAAUUCAGCUGUCCUGGAAGCGCGUUCCGCACUCGCGAACAAAACGUGCGAUGUCAUCUACCGUGGCGAGCUAUACUGCCGCUACCUAGAGUGCGAGAACACACGAAGAUUCGCAAAGCCGGGCAAAUUGCGCAGACACUAUGAAGACUCGCACAAAUAUACCUUUCCCGCAUGGAGCACGAUCUUGCCUACAAGUGCGCAGAAAGAGCAUACAGCGGGCAUUCUGUGGUUGACAAAGUGGGCGCUUGGGGAGAAGGAGAACGCCGGCCAACAGCCUUUCCCACUCCUUCGAUAG